ACUCACACUCGUGUGCGAUGCUUGGGAGGUUUUGGGUGUCACUCGCUUCUUCAACUCAGUUGGCAGCUCACAAAACCACAAGUGGUUCACCAGAGUUCGUCUACUCGAAGUCUACAUGAUUUUCGAUAAGUCGCACCUCGUGUCUCAGGGAACUAUAAAGAAGAAACACCACAAACAGAGGAAGAGUCAACGCCGAAUGUGUAGAAUAAGGAAGAAGACUACUGCUCCGUUGAGUAUUUGUUGACACUCGCAAGGAGUUGGGAUCUUGUCUCUCGCGGCCAGCCAUGGAAGUGACAGGGAGAUUUCUGUCCUGAUGCUGCGAUCUCACGCGUAAGCGUUCCUUACACAAAUGGACACGACGUUAUUGGCCUCCGCCGUGGUCGUGUGGGAAUGGCUGAACGAGCACGGGCGCUGGCGGCCGUACAGCCCGGCCGUGUCUCACCACAUCGAGGAGGUGAUGAGAAGCGAUCCCCGCGGCGGCAGCGUCGUUUUAGGCCGAGCUGACAGCCGCCUGUCGCCCUACAUCAUCGAUCUUCACUCCAUGCGUCAGUUCAGACAGGACACCGGUACGUUAAGACCAGUGCGACGGAGUUUCUAUGAUCCCACCUCAGCACCAGGCCAAGGCUGGAUAUGGGAGUGGGAAAAUGACGCAGGUUCCUGGACGACCUAUGACAUGGAGGUUAUCAUUGCCUUGCAAGCGGCGUGGGACAGGCAGCAACCCUGGCUGGACCUGACAUCGAUUGGCUUUUGCUACUUUGUGGACUUCCAGACCAUGACCCAAAUUAACAGGCAAACACAGCAGCAGAGGCGUUUGCAGAGACGCUCCGAUAGGGUUUACCCACUGGUCUCUGGGCCACUGCCUAAAACCUCACAGGCUUGGGGUACAGGCUCAGGAACUGGAGGCGUGACUAGAGGAGUUACAUCAGGAGGGGGCUCAUCUGGGGCACAUCUUGGGGUUGGUGUAUCUGGUUCUACUUUGAGUAGAAAAGGAAGUGCGGUAUACCCAAACGGGAUGCUUUCGAUAUCAUCUCUCAAUCCUCCUGGACAGCCAUGUUCCUGCCAGCAGUGCAGGCUAGUGUUGAGUGUAAAGGCAAAUGGAACCUCAUCACAGACACUGGGACGUGCAACAAAGCCAAACAGUCCUAAAUUCAACUUUGGGACACUUCCAUCCUCUUCUUCAUCCAUGUCUGUUUUAAACUCGAAUUCUCAUACACUACCACGGGGCACAUCUUUAAAAUGUUCGCUCUCAGAAGAAGCCAAGAAUUCUGCUUUUGAUCAGUCAUUGUCUCUUCUCAUGUCAGAUACUGCCAAUCUUUCAAUCUCCUCUAGCCGUUCACCGCCUCUAACUCUGCCAGCGUCAAAUCCGCAGCCUUCAUCUGUCCCAAGCUCUUCGUCUUCAGCAACAUUUGUGGCUACAGCCAUGCUUAUUAACACAUCAACCAUUCCCACAUCAUCCACAGCAUCUUCAACAACGUUGUCCUCUCAACGCUCCGCUGCGUGUGCUGCCCCUUUACCAACUCGUGCCAGUCUGACAGGGCUCAGUCAGCCUGCUUUGCACAGAAUUGCCAUGGCACAGUCACGGGCCCUGAUUGCCUCUGGGGUACCGACAGUACCAGUGAAGAAUCUCAAUGGCUCCAGCCCUAUCCAUCCGGCUUUAGCUGGUAUUACAGGUAUUCUGAUGAGUGCAGCAGGAUUACCUGUAUGUUUGACCCGUCCACCAAAACUAGUUCUGCAUCCCCCACCUGUCAGCAAGAGUGACAUCAAACCAAUUCCUGGCAUUGGGCACUGUUACCGCAAGACCACCAAGAAACAAGCACGCAAAGGUAGAACACCUGAGGAAGUGGUAAAAAGGUACUUACAGAAGGUCAGGAAUCCACCAGAAGAAGAUUGUACUAUCUGUAUGGAGGCUCUGGGAGGACCCUCAGGGUAUAAGGGUCCAGGUGAGUCUGUUGGACGACUGGCACAGUGUGGGCAUCUUUAUCACUUGCAGUGCCUAGUGGCCAUGUACAACAAUGGCAACAAAGAUGGCAGCCUGCAGUGUCCCACAUGCAAGACAAUAAAUGGAGUAAAGACGGGCAACCAGCCGCCCGGUAAAAUGGAGUACCAUGUCAUCCCGCACUCACUUCCAGGACACCCAGACUGCAAAACCAUUCGCAUCAUAUAUAACAUACCGCCCGGCAUACAGGGUCCUGAGCAUCCAAAUCCGGGGAAGCCUUUUACUGCAAGAGGAUUUCCCCGUCACUGCUAUCUCCCAGACAAUGAAAAAGGACGCAAGGUGUUAAGGCUGUUAUUGGUGGCGUGGGAUCGACGGCUGAUCUUCUCAGUGGGCACCUCAAGCACCACGGGAGAAUCAGACACUGUCAUCUGGAACGAGAUCCAUCACAAGACAGAAUUUGGCUCCAAUCUCACUGGACAUGGCUAUCCAGACUCUGGCUAUAUCGACAAUGUACUGGAGGAGCUUAAAGCCCAGGGCAUCUCUGAAGAUGAGGAACAGCAACUGUGAAGAGGACGGGA